CCUGAUCAGUGGUGCAGUGUCUGUGCCUGGGAUGGAACCAGUGAACCCGAGGUGACAGAAGCGGAGCAUGCAACCUUAUCUAAUACACCACCACACCAGCCCCCCACAUUGCAAUUCUUGAAACGUCAAAUAAACUUUUUGCUUCUCUUGCAGUUUAUGCCUCUUAUUUGUUGGCACCUGGGACCUGAAUUUUAACACUUUCUCUAGGUAAUGCUGAGCCUGUAGGGUCUUAGACUAUAGCAGGAAAGCCAGGAAGUGUGAGAUAAAGGUUUUCCACACUGAGAGUCCAGAGGAGCUGCUGCGGGGCAGGGGAGAAGGGAUGGUGGUGGUGGCGUCAGCUCUGCCCAGAUGGCGACUCCUGCUGAAGCGCCACACUGCUCCAUGUAGGAGUGGAGAUAAAGCUGGCCACUCCGGAUUCUAAUCGGAGCGAGCAGGACAGGGGGAACUGGUGCUGCUUCAGCGGCAAGGAUGGGUCGGUCAGUCCCAACCAGACCUAAGGAGGGCUACUCCCCCAGCCUGAAGGGAGGCAUACCCCCAACCGAGGAGCCUCGCAGCCGGAGCGGAAGAACACGGCCGAUCUCAAGGAUCUGCAGGCUGAGGAAGAAAACCGAUCAAGCCCUCAGGAGUCUCCGGCCCGAGGGGAAGACACAAGCCUAGCGUCAGGAGCCCUUCUUCUAAGAGCCACUUUUCUGCUCUCAGGGCACCCGAAGUGGAUUUCUACAAACCAAGGUCCGAAAACUUCUCGGUAGGAGGCGGCCGGCCCCGGCCCGGGAGAGUGCGCGCAGCCCUCGCCCAGUCCUAACUCACUUUUGCACACGACGCGCCGCGGGCCGCUUCACACGGAGUGGCGGAGGCCGGAUAAGGCAGGCGGCCGCGGGGCGCAGCGGCGGGGUCGAGAGGCGGGAGCGCUCGGCGCGCGGAGCGGGUGCAGGAGCGACAGCGGGACGGCCGCGGCGGGCCCGGGGCGGAGCAGGCGCGCAGCGGAGCGGGCGGGCGGGGGGCGCACGCCCCGGGGCGGCGGGAGCGGCGCGCGGGGUCCUCCCGGCAGGUGAGUGCGCGCCGCCGAGCGUCCGCGCGCAACUUCAAGAGCGCCCUCGGCCGGGCGAUAGCACGCGGCUUCCGGGACCCGGCGCCCGGCGCGCAUGGAGGCCACGGAGAAGCAGCAUCUGUUGGACGCCAGGUCCCGAGCCGGGUCUUACAAGGGGUCUCUGAGGCAGGAUGGGGCUGGCUGGAUCCCUCUGCCUCCACCUGGCCUGGACUUGCAGGCCAUUGAGCUGGCCACUGAGAACAACCAUUACUGCCACGCCCAGAAAGAUCUUGACAGUCACUGGGACCCCAAGAAGGAGCGAGCCCGGCGCCAGCUCUAUGUGGCUUCUGCCAUCUGCCUGGUGUUCAUGAUUGGGGAAGUCAUUGGUGGGUACCUAGCACAUAGCUUGGCGAUCAUGACAGACGCAGCCCACCUGCUCACUGACUUUGCCAGCAUGCUCAUCAGCCUCUUCUCCCUCUGGAUGUCCUCCCGGGCGGCCACCAAGACCAUGAACUUCGGCUGGCAGCGAGCUGAGAUCCUGGGAGCCCUGCUGUCUGUGCUGUCCAUCUGGGUCGUGACUGGGAUACUGGUGUACCUGGCGGUGGAGCGGCUGAUCUCUGGGGACUAUGAGAUUGAGGGGGGGACCAUGCUGAUCACGUCAGGCUGUGCUGUGGCCGUGAACAUCAUAAUGGGGUUGACUCUUCACCAGUCUGGCCACGGGCACAGCCACGACACCAGCCAGCAGCAGGAGAACCUCAGUGUCCGAGCUGCCUUUAUCCAUGUGAUUGGAGAUUUUCUGCAGAGCUUGGGCAUCUUGGUGGCAGCCUAUGUUGUAUACUUCAAGCCAGAGUACAAGUGUGUAGACCCCAUCUGCACCUUCCUCUUCUCCAUCCUGGUCCUGGGGACAACCUUGACUGUCCUGAGAGAUGUGAUCCUGGUGCUGAUGGAAGGGACCCCCAAGGGCAUGGACUUCACGGCUGUGCGGGAUCUGCUGCUGUCGGUGGAGGGGGUGGAAGCCUUGCACAGCCUGCAUAUCUGGGCGCUGACCAUGGCCCAGCCUGUGCUGUCUGUCCACAUCGCCAUCGCGCAGAAUGCAGACGCCCAGGCUGUGCUGAUGGCAGCCAUUGCCCGCCUGCAGGGGAAGUUCCACUUCCACACCAUGACCAUCCAGAUCGAGAACUACUCUGAGGACAUGAAGGACUGUCAGGCAUGCCAAGGCCCGUCAGACUGACUGCCUGGCCAGGUGCCAACUGGGGAGUGGCCAGGACCUGCAGAUGGCAGGGCUGAGUGUCCCUCAGGCCCAGCAAGACUCUGCCUAGCCCAGCUGGAAACCAGGGUCCCUCUCCUGACCUCCGCUCCAUGCUCACUGUGGAGGAGCCUUGCCCUACUCCAAGAUUGGGGCUCUUCCCCUGCCUCCCCCCUGACCACAGCCAGCCCCGGCGGGGGACUUGGCAGGCGCACAGCUAGUUGACCCUGCUCCUCCAGCUCCUGGGUGGGCUCCUGGCGGGGCUGAAUGUGCGCCUAAUCCUCUGCUAAUGCUGUCCUACCACAGCCUCGGGAAAGGCAGGGGGGGCACAUGAGGGGUGAUAGAGGGGAGACUGGCCUCAACGUCCCCUCACCUACCUGCCUCACUUCCCUUUUCCAGUCUGUCUGCCCUUGCCUUAUGAAUCUGUAAAGAAGCUCUGGAACAGAGCCCUCCCUCAGCCUCUAACAACAUGGUUUAAGGGGCCAUGGGGGUUGCGGAGUUGUGAGGACGCUGCACUCUCGUACAUGUCCCCCUGAGAUGGGGAGCUGGGGGGCGAUGAGGCCUAUCUGUGCCUUCAUCACUUCAGCUGUGAGCCAAGUAUUCCCCUUUCCUGGAGGGAGGAAGCUUCUGAGUAGGGAACGACCCGGCUGGUUUCCUCCUUCCUUAUUCCCCAGCCCGGGAAGCAGAGACUUCAGCUCGGGUCCUGCCCUAAGAGCCUCACAGUCCCUAGCCCACUCCUCUUGCCCUGAUGGUAUGGCAGGGGUCGCAGAACAUGAAAUCAGAUAUGAUUGGGCCAGCUCUGUUGCCGGUAUGGCCUGACCUGCAGAGAACUCGGCGCUGGAGGACAGAGGGCCUGUGCACUGGAACAGGAGACACUGGCUUCCUGGGGUGUGUGUGAAGGUUCCUGAACUGGGGGGUGGCUUGUGUUUACACAAGGGGGAGACCUGUCCCCAUGUCACAGAGGAGGCAGCAUGCCAGGCAAUCAGGCAGCCCUCAUCCAGCGGUCUGUCUGCCAUUGCAAGCAAGUGCCCUUAGGCGAGUCAGUGCCUCUCGUCUGUCUGCCCGCUGAGAAUGCUAACACCCGCCUCGCCCCGGGUUGCUGUGAGUACUGGAGCCAAAGUCGGCCAAGCACCUGGUGGCUGUUGAAGAGUGGUUACUUUUAUCUUCACUCUGGAGAGAUGAGGCUCGAGGCUGCCUUGCCAAAGAGCUAGUGGGCUCCCAGCCUCCCCAGGGGCAGCACCGAGUCUGUGUUGACUCUCUCCUGACCCAUGUUGGGAGGAAGAGGGGUUGUUCACUUGCAUUCCCCUCUGAGCCUCUCUCUUCCCAUCUGUGAAAUGACCUCUUUGUGCCUUUCCAGCGCUGUCAUCUGGGCUGCCUGUGAUCUAGAUCAGCAGGUUCUUCAGCCCUUUAAAAUCUGUGAGAAGUCA